UCAAAACAUGGCGACACAUCCUUCGACUUUUUACGCGCUUAGUGAUGUUAAGCUACCUGAGAGAGUUGUCCUUUGGGACGAGACUGAGGUGGCAGAAAAACAGAUUGAACAAGUCGGUGCGUCGGCUUGUGGAGCUACAGCAGUUUUAAAUGUUCUGAAAUUGCUUGGAAGAUCUGCAUCAGUGGAUGAGGCAGAUAGCGCAGUAAAAACCAAGCUAAGAGAUCUUGAAGCUCCUUUGCCACAAUAUCUUCUGUCUCGCAGUGUUGCAGGAACAACACAUGAAGAUCUCAUCGAGGGUCUAGGUAAACUGACCUGUAGAGAAAUUGUUGGAAAGUUCUUUCACAUGUACCCUGAACGUAACUUUGACUUGGAAAAUUGGCUGAAAUAUUGGCUCAUAAAUGGUGCCAUACCUAUAGCAACCCUAAAUUGUCAAAAGGUACCUUUAAGUGAUGGAACAAUACCAGAUGCUUGGCAUCAUCAAGUUAUUUGUGGUGUGAGCAGCCGUGGGGUUCAACUUACAAAUCCAGUGGCAGUGUGCCCCUUUAAUGAAAUAACAAAACAGCUAUGCAGUGAAUCUGUUCUUCUCAUUCGCCGACAUGACAUUUUACAGCGAUGGAGUAACACCAAUGACUAUUCUUCUUGGAACUCUGAUGGAAUAAAUCAAAGAUGGAUGGAAUUGAAAGUCCAAGAGCAGAUUAAUCGCAUGGUAAAAGAAGAAACACUGCUUCUACUUCAUGGAAGUGAAAUUAAACAUAGAGAGCUGUUAACAACACACAUCACCAUUCCUGCUGCAUACAAAUCAGGGAUCACUCUGUUUGCUCUAAGAGAUUCUAACACACAUCGACUUCUAGAAAACACCACUGAGCUUCCUAUUAAGCUUACUUAUAGGGAAAGAGAUAUUGGAGAACAAUCCUCUGUUGGGGAGAUAAAUCUGAGUAUCAAUGUGUGAUGUAUGCUGGAAACUAUCCAAAAAAAAAAAGACAGACACUAAUGUGGGGCCCUGAUUGUAGACUGUUGCUCGAGUGUCUACAAAAAAACAAUCUAAUGAUAACAAUGGAAACAAAAAGAACAGAAGUUGUCAAGCAUGACACAAUUUGACACACUGUCAAUAAAUGCUGGUGAUUUUUUAUCACACACUUAUUUAUUAUUAUUAUUAUUGUUAUUUAGUAAGGUGAUAUUUCUUGCCAAAUCUUUCAAUAAAGAAUGUAAAUUUA